AACACAGUCUUGCUCACAUUUGAACUCCAAACAAAACAAAAAACAAGCGCAAAAACAAAAAACUUACUCUACAAACUCCACUAUCGCUACCAGGUACCCACUCUCUCCAAUCUUCUACUCCCUUCAUAGCAUCAUAGCAUCAUAACCACCAUGACAGCAUCUUCCCAGCAAACCAAAAUCACCUCUGCCAACAAUUGUGGGGAAACACUCUAUGAUCGUCUUGGUGGUGACGACAUGGUCAACCUCUUGGUAUGCUCCUUCUUUGACGCGAUUUUGGAGAACCCUGACCUCAAGCCUUUCUUCGCGAACAUCUCUGUAGCUGCCCUUAAAACCCACCAGAUCAAGCUGUUUCGGGUCAUCUUUGGGAAAGAGGAUGAAAAACCAGAAGAGGAAGAUUUGUUGGACUAUAUGCUUCGAACACAUACUCGUCUCUUUCGAGAACUGGGGUUGGGCCCUACACACUUUGAUAUGGUUGCCAACUGCCUUGUCCAGAGUCUUCAGACCUUUUCCAUUGACCAAGAAAUAAUAGCUGAAUGCACUGCCAUUCUUGCUCCACUUCGAGCAGUCUUUGAGUAUGGGGAGAAGGUUGCACAGCAAGAGAAACAAAUGGAUGAACACACCAAGAAGACACUCCCACUGGCAUCACCCAAAACCAUGGGGACAGACAUUGAAGUUGUCCUUCCUGAGUACUCCACAAUUGACAUUCCUAGCUGGUUGCCUCAAACUCUCCAAAAAGAAUCUCAAACAGGGGAUGUCCGAGAAUGGACAUGUGACUUGACAGAUCGAUUUGGAGCUGAAGGAGACAGGCAAAUUGCAGACACCUUCUUAGAUCAGCCCUACAUGGAUCACCAUGUGUACCUUGUUGCAUUCCUCCAACUUGCUUUCUGCCCAGAUCAUGGUGUGGAUACAAGACAUCGUCGACAGAUAGUUGAGAUCGUUCAGUAUCCCCGGGGGAGAGACAACGCCAAGCUCUCCAGAGAACUUUUUGAUCGAAUGAUCUGCCAAUUCCUCAUUACAAGCACCAUGAUGGGAUUGUCCAGUCACUCCAAGCUCAAGGCAGAAGGCAAACUUCGAUCCUAUCACUCCCACUUUGCCAAGAAAACUACUAGUGUUGGCGGAGUGGAUGCUCCCCAUGUUUUGCGAAGGGUCACGAGACACGUAGACGACGUUAGUGAUUCUUUCUCCUUGUCCAACUCGGGACUCCAUUGUGACGACAGCGACCAUUGCGAAAUCAGUGAAACAGAAUCCCACCGAACCGACACAAAAGGGUCAGGCAAGCUAAAGAAAAAGAUCAAGAUGGGAAUGGAGGCGCCUUUUGCCUGGCUUCGUGGCACCAUUUGGGCCCACGGGACACAGAAAAACAAGAUCUCAAGUGCUGUGGCGGCCUAGAGUCGGCCGGAUUCCUUUUCAUGGUUAGCAUAUUCCAUCAUGUAAACAUUCUCCUAAACUCCUGUUUCAUUACGCAUACGAUUCACUUGAUGCGUACAAUCCUUCCACGGGAUAUUUUGAAACUUAUUAGGACGUUUAUCUUCCUUCAAAUUUGUGCAUCUGACCCCGCACUCUGAAGCUCUCUAUCUAAAGGCUACUUGCAGGCACGAACCCAUCAACUAGGCAUGUAGCCAGCUGUGUAGUGAGAAAGGUGUUGUAGGUGUUCGUC